GAAUACGUUAUAUGAUGACAGCAUAGGAUACGGGUACGACUCAUACACCGCUAGUACGCACAUUAGGGACCAUUCACAUAUAUCGCAGCAGGCCAGCUAUGAAGAGUAUUAUGACUCAAGUAGCUACCAGUACCCCGCGUAUCAGGCGCAAUGGGAGAACCGUUACUUCUACGAGGAGUGUGGUCUCACGCCCACCGAGUAUGAGAACAUCGUUAACAAACGUCGUUCCUCCGUUGUACAGUUGCCUCAGAUGCCGCCUAAGCAGCUUCCACCGUCGUCACGAUAUUCUGAUUACAAUGAGAUGGCGCCAUACAGACCUCGGCCGCGACGUACAGCCGCUAGUCUUCCAGCAACACCAUCAUCAACGCCAAAGCGUGGUCGAGCACUGCCCGUACCACCGGGUAGCGAGUCAGGGUGGGGUCGUCGUGGUCGCCGGCUGCCACUCCCGCCCGCUGUCACGGCGGCGCGCCUGCCCGCAGUCCCCGCACCGCACGCCCCGCCUGCGACCACCCACGUGCCUUACACACAAGAGCCCGCAAGAACGGUACCCGAUGUUAGUUAUGGUUACGAUAGCGGUGGUUAUCAGCCGCAGUUCCAAGACACUGCCAAUGAUCAGUAUCAAGAAACCAAUUACAGUACCGGUUAUGAUGAGGAUGGAAUGCAGCCUUUCUUUGAUGAGACACCUCAUGCGACACCUCCAGCAGCGACAGCUCAAAAGACGACUUGGGCGGAAACGGAAAGUUCAACGCAAUUUUCUUAUCCAGUUACAAGUGAAGAAGAAUCUGUGAUACCUAAAUCAGUGCCAUCAAAAAUUCAUUCAUAUAGUCAACCGCCUGUAACUACUAAGCAAGAUGUUUACCAUGACCAAAGUUAUCAGCAAUAUGAUACACAGUAUGAAGCGACGAAACAGCAUCAAAAA